GUUCAUCAGCCCUCCCUCUUCUCGAUUUCCAUCCGGCCCUUCGAGGCAGCAUUGACGUUGGUCAGCGCCGGCUGCAGCGGAGGUUACACAGUAUACGUACGAGUUCAAACUCCCGCUCGUUGGUGAGCCGGAACAUUGACCGAGGGCACUGUUCCUUCUGUCCUCAGUGCUAUACUGGGAAUGGAAUUUGCUCCCGCCCUCGCACCGUCCAAACCCGAGCUGUCUACCCAUCUCCAGCUGUCCAACGUCCACCUCGGCAUCAUCAACCGCCGCCUUCCAACUGCCAUUUCCGACCUCGACCUCAAGGACGAACGCUACCCUCAAUUUCCGUCCGGUUCACAGCAUAUACCAGAACAUUUCGCUGUCCCGUCCUCCUCACCCCCACGCCACUCUUCCGACUCUCGCGUAUCAAGGAAAUUAAAUCGACAAGCCGACAUGGCAGACGCUGAUCUCACAGACCGUCAACGCACUGGUAGCGAUCGCCGUCCGUCCACCAGCAAAUCCCAACCCGCCAACGACGAAAAUCGUGUUUUGCAUGGGUCCGGAAAUGUUGGCAACCACCCGCUUCCGCAGGCUCCCUAUCGAGCUGUUGAGCGAUAUAGUCUCGAUGACACCGAGCCCCCUUCAAAGCCUGGCCUCUCAGACAUGAAACUCCUCAAUGACGAUUCAUUCAAAUCUAUUCAGGAUUCUCAGACGGCUUCUCAACACCGUCAAACCCCCUCUCCGUCAGGUCCGGCCGGCCCUCGUGAUAUACCUCCGUCUUUGAUUCCUGCCUCCUCCCGGCAACCUUCCCAUCUUUCAGGAGAUCCGACUAACACCUCCAAACUCACUACCGCUCUUCCUUCUGGCUCGGCAUCCUAUGGUCCUACAAUGGGUAUCACUAUUCCUAUAUCGCCAACGCCUCGAGCGUACGCCCAACACCCGACCUUUAUCACACCCGUGGCAGCCGCACCAAAUCCCGUGAACACCGUUCUCAAUCCUCCGCCGCCCCCUGAAGAGGUUUGCAUCGAGUGUGCGAUGCGUGAUCAAGACAUGGCUGAUGUCGUUGCCGUUGGCCCCGGCGUAUGGGAACGCGAGAGCGAUGUUCUGUACGAGGAGCUUGUUCGGCGGGAGCAGGAAGAAGAGGCAGCUGGUAUUCCACCUUCAGACAAUCCCCCUAGGCCCCGUGCAAAGGGUGGACGUCUGACAGAACAGAACCUCAAAGUGUUUAACGACCUUAAUCCUCGUGAGCCUGCGGCUAGAGCACAGACUCUGAACAAGUACGUAACGGCGCAGCAGACACUCCUGGAAGCGGAGGCCUUAGCCCGCGCCCGUGCUAUGAAAGAGUCUAUGUUGCUGGACACCAAAGCCCGAGAUACCUACUCUCAGCUUAGGCGCUCAACAUACGAGGUUGGCAAUGGUGGUAUCCCAUUGGAAGAUAACGGGCCUUUACGGGUGAAGGCAAGUCGCAACGUGUCCGGUCCGAGCGGUUACCAUCUCCGUUCGCCUUCUCGGGAAGUCACACUUUUGGAAAAUGGUCUCGUGGUUGAGCAUGUAGACAUCCGCAGGGAAGAAAGAGAGGAGAAGGAGCGGCGAAGAAGACAGGAGAGGCAAGAAAGGAGUCGGGCGCGCAAAUCGUCUCGUGGAUCUGCCGUGGAUGUUACAUCCUUGUACUCUGUGCACAGUCUCGUUCCCCAUACGGACAGCGGACUUGCGUUGGCGCCGACUAGGCAACAGUCGACGCUGAGUCCAGUGCGCCCAAGCAGCUCGCUUACUGCGCCGUUUGAUCGACAGUCAAGCAUUAGCCAAGCGUACUCCUUCUCAGACGCUCAUAGUCCGGGGUCCUCCUCCCCACGUCGAUCUCGUUUCUUUGGUUUCAAGAACCUCAGCUCGGCCUGGCGGAGCUCAGACAGUCUGGCGCCUUCCGGGAUGUCUGGAAGUAUGGUUGACAUGCACGUUGCUUUGCAGCGAGAAAGCCAAGGUCCAAGGUUACGUUCACCUCUUGGCGAGCAAGUUCGCUCCGUGUCUCAGCGACAAAGUCAAUUGUUACCUCAAGUAGAAUAUGACGAUUUGACGCAGUCUACGGCCAAUACCAGUGUCAAGUCCAAAAAGAAGCGCAAAGGAUUGGCCAAGAUAUGGAACCUCGUCAAGGGCUCUUCAAACAAAGAGGAUCCGGCAGCUACGCACAAUACGUCGAUUCGCUCGCAGGACCGGGAAGAUGAUUCACCUCUUGCGCCUCCGCCUCCCUUGUCCUACCUGGUGAAUCGGAACCCGACUGAGCAUCUCGGCGGUGCUCGGCAGGGUUCGUCUUCGUCAAUCCCAACCACCUCUUCGCCGAGGAAUCCUCUAUCUUCCGCUGGUGUGUCUCCUCCGACUGCUCCUUCUAGCCUCCUGCCAUCACCAACCUCUUCCCGCCCAUCAGGCAUGGAUCGAGACUCAGUCAGAGCGGGUACCUAUCCCGACGAGAGGGAUUUUGAUGCAUAUGACAAUUCUCAAGCACUAAAGGGUCUGCAGUGUAUGACAUCGGAGCCUGACAUACGCCUGAAACACGCCGAGGGUGCCUAUCCAUAUCAUAACGGUGGUUUGGCUGUACCGAAAUCAAGUCGUUCUCAAGUUACACUUUCCAGGGAGAAAUCCCUACCCCCUCUUCCGGGGGAGGUGCGCUCUCGUCGCCAGAACUCGAGCAACGAUCUUCGGCCUCAGACGUUGUACACAUACGACCCGUUAACGAGAGAACCAGAAGAACUGGUGCCACCUCAAGCACCAUUCCGCGCCGAUCAACGAAGGCAAUCUUUUAGCGGCACUGCAUCACACCCACCGUUCGGUGCACAAUCCCUACCCCUUGGCGCCGGUGCUAGUUUGCUCCGGCCUGGAGGGAUGUACAACGAGUUUGGUCUCUCACGUCGGUCACUAGGGCGGCUAGAGUACAUAGAGGAAAAUCCUCCAGCUAAUCGGGCUCCCUCGAAGCGAAAGAGCAAGUUUGGUCUAUCGUCGCUCCUUGGGAAGAAAUCUUCUACUUCACCCGAUACACGACAUAUCAAUGGCAAUCAUCUUGAAUUCCCGCGCAUUAACAAUAUCUCUCCUACCGAUGUCCCCGACGAUUGUACCAUGACAGGGUACACGCACUCCGCUUCGCGGCUUAGUGUUGGCCCUCGAAUGUCGAUAACGUCGAAGAAGGCUCUGGAGGAACUUGUUGAGCAAGAUCGGGAGUUCGUUGCCUACCGGUAUCCCUCGAACGACCAACGCAUCGACGCCGUACAAUGAGAUAGUAGUCAGCCAGUGUUCCCAUUUAUCCAAUGUUCUUACAUACCAUGCAUUCUACGCUGCCCAUUCCUUUGCAUCUCUUCUCGUCCAAAUACGUGCUGUAACUCAUCCCCAAUCCCACUCGUGA